UCUCAGAUCUUGGCUGUGGCGAGGACGCCCAGGAGAAGUGCAUUCACCAGGCAGCAAGGAGAGCAGAAAGCACAAGACGGAGCAGAGGAGAAGUCACGACACUCUUUAAGCCUCCUCCCGUGACCACAUCUGACUGCCUAUGACCUCCGCUGGACUCGGCACACUCCUCCACACACACACACACACACACACAAACAAACACACACGUAAGCCACUUGCUGCCUCGCACACCAGCUGCACAACCGGCUCUGCUGCUCUGUCAGAAGUAAAAGGAUUUCCCCGAGUGAGGGCGAGAGAGACGGGGGAGAAUAAAAACAGAGUGAGGAAAUUAAAGUCCCUGAAGAGAAGGAUAAGAUCCUCUCACGAGAGCCAGUGCCAUGCCGUGUUGACCUGAGUCAAGCCAAGCUGAAGUGAUCUGUUCUGAAGACCUUCUUCCUACUUACCCACGCUGCCCGGUCCCAGAUGGAGCUCAAAGUGUGGGUGGACGGAGUGGUGCGGGUGGUGUGCGGCCUAUCCGAGGAGACGUCCUGCCAGGAUGUGGUCAUCGCUUUGGCACAGGCCAUUGGUCAGACAGGCCGUUAUGUUCUGAUCCAGCGUCUCAGGGACACGGAGAGGCAGCUGCUGGCCACAGAGAAGCCUCUGGAGUCUCUGGCUAAGUUAGGCCAGCAUGGCAGCGAAGUUCAAUUCUUUCUGCGGCGGACUGGCCCGAGCAGCAGUGACGGACCUGGCUCAAAACAAGACAGACCAACUCCCCUUCCGUUGCCCAUGCAUUCUGAGCCAGAGCCUUUGAAACGCAGCCAGCCUAAGAAAGCACUCACCUUUAACCUGGGACCAUCCACCUCCCCUAGAACCAAAGCAAAUCAGUAUAAGAGGUCUCCUCGGGACUCUCCAGAACAGAGAACCUCUCCAUCCCCUUCUCCCAGCCCUCUAUCCUCUCAUGUUCCAUCUCCCUCUCCUUCACCACCCAUAGGCCCAUCCAAAGAGGAGGUCUUUAGGAAAGUUCUUCAGCAACAGGAGAGACUAAGGGCCAUCGAGGCCCAGCUAGAAGCCCUAGAGACAGACUCACAUACCUGGGAUCGUCCUUACCCAUCUCCCUGUCCCUCACCAGUCUCUGAUGCUCGUCUGCAAGAGGAGGUGGACACACUCGAGCAAGUGAUGAGGAGGAACCAGGCCGAGCUUGCCCACGAGCAGUACUGGGAGGAGGAGUUCCAAGCAGAGUUAGAGAAAGAGCGAGGGAUGAGGCGGAAGCUGGGGGAGCUCCACGCCAAGCUAGACGACUGCGGGCGACGGCUCCACGAAUUCUCUGUACGCUCUGCUCAGCUCGAGCAAGAGAUUCAGCGGGAGAGCCAUGCGGAAGCGGCGGUCAACGGGCCUGAGGAUUCCCUCGAUGCUGUGAAGGAAGAGCUCCAGAGCCAGGAGAGGCAGGGGACGGAGCUGGAGGAGCGGAUAUCUGAGACUGACAAGACUCUGGGGAAGGCAGAGUCUCUGCUGCAGGUAAGGAGAGAGGUCACGGUUCUGGAGAGAGGGCUAUAAAUCCACAUCAGCCCCAUGUGUUGCACACGUAGCACAGACCCUCUUGUAGCCAAUCUGUAAACCUGUAUCCCUCUCCUACCGGCACACUGCAGCAGACACAACAGUACAGAGACACUCAUAAAAAGGGAAAGAAGUACUGAGUCUAAAGGAAACAUGAUUUAUUAUGGCAUUUUUAUAUAGAAACAAUUAUCAACGAAGUUAGGAUAACACGAAUGCUGUUCACUCAUCCUACGUUGUGUGAAAAUGUUUUAUUGUCUGACUAUUUACAGUGCAGCUGAACUGAUUUGGCAGCUAUGGUCUUGUAUGCAUGUUCUGAACACAUGGUCACUAUUGGUGUUGAUAUUACAUUGACAUGUAUCCUAUUCUUGUACCCUGUGGAAAAAAGACAUUAAACUGGAUUGACCGGGAGAAAAAAAAGACCAUUUUAUUGGAUCUACUCAGCUUCAACGCAUCAUAGUUGGUGAUGUCAUUGUUUGUUUACUGUUGGUGGGUCUCGUAGAAGCAGUUGUAUCAAUAAAAGCCUGAUCCAGUUUG